AUGACCCGAUAUUCACUUGCCCUCUGCAUGGUGCUUUCUCUAGUUUUUGCAGUUGUGUUUUUACGACCGAUUGCCGCCGCUCCUCAAGAAAGCAAUGGAUCAAACACAAUAAGUGUACCACCCAUUGACGGUGACACCAUGUUGCUGAAUCAAAAUGUAAUCCUAUUUGCUUGCAUCGUGGACACUCCAUUUACUCAAUUCGAUGCAGACGAAUUCAUUGAGAAAGCACUUGGUAUUCUCACACAACUCCCCAAGGGGGAAUUCAAUCGAACAUCGCAAUUUGAACUACUAGAAUACUGCAGUUGGGAUACUAGGGUUGCGGAUGAGAAAUCUUUCUGUGGUGCAGAAGAUGAGGGGCCCACAUAUGCGGCUCAAACUCUUGUGCGUUUUGGUGUGGCGGGUGUUGAUGGAGAAUCUCUAAAGAGGCUUUCCUUUUCCUCACUCUCAGCUAUUUUGCCUCCUUUCAUUCAGGGGGAAGAUCCUGCACUUUUCCCUCCAGACAAAAGGCAGCAUUUCGUUGAAAGGAUGAUGAACAGCGACAAUACCUUCGAUGUGGUGGCGGUUGUAGUCCUUUUCUUAUAUCCCAUUUUGCUUUUUUAUUACCUAUUAACCUCGUGCACGAGGGAACGUAUUCGCGACAAACAGUGCGUGGAAUUCCUACGCAAUUCCAUUAACUCUGAACUGGCGUACAGGCAGCAUAUGAAAUGUGCGGAGAUGUAUGCGUCUAGCGGUCAAACCGUACAAAAGUGUGGAUCUGAUGCCUAUAAUGUGGAGUUGGAAGACAUGGAUCCGCAUAAUAGAGUAAAUGUAAUGUCUCGGGAAGGAAUGGCAAGUGGAGAAGUGGCUUGUAAUGACGGGAGGGAUGGCGGAAUGCAAAAACCAACGCAACUAUGA